AUGGCGCGAUGGGCAGCAACGCACGCCCCUCUGUCAGUGCUGGCUGUGAUGGCCACGCUUUUCGGGGCCUCCUUGUGCUCGCCCCUCCAUCACCCAUGCUACUCAGAAGACCCAGACGUGCCCUGUGACUCCUUUAGCGCCUCAAACACCCAUGCGGACGAUGACUCCAGCCCUCCCUUCCCUGCCGUCAAGAGGGAAGGUAACGGGGACAUCCAGCAGCCAGGGCACGAAGCGGUCUCCUACACAGGGUACAAACUCCUUCGAGCGAAUGUCGAGGACUCCAAGCUGCCCGUGGUGGACUCUCUGGACACCGCAGAGGGAGUCGAUCUGUGGUCUUGGAGGAGGAAAGGGCGAAGCCACAUGUUUGAGGUCGAUCUCCUGACGCCCCCCGCCGCUGAGCCUAAGGUUAAGCAGCUGUUCUCCGCCAACAACCUGCCCUACCAAGAGGUGAUCAAGGACCUGCAGGACGCCAUCAACAAGCAAAAGGACGAUUUCUUCUUCAGCUGGAACCGUCCCGCUCACCCGAUGACGUGGGAGAAGUAUCACUCUUUUGACGAGAUGGAGCAGUACCUAUACUUCCUGGAGGCGGAGUACCCACACCUGGUCACGCUGGAGGAAAUCGGCUACUCGUCAGAAAACAGGUCACUUAAGGUCGCCAAAGUGUCAACAGGGCCAAACAGAACCGCUAUUUGGAUUGACGGAGGAAUGCACGCCCGGGAGUGGAUCGCGCCCGCCACCACCAUGUACAUUCUCUACCGUCUGGUCGAAAACGCCUGGGAGUUUCCGGAGCUUGUCAACAACUUCGACUGGUACAUCCUGCCCAUUGCCAACCCCGACGGUUAUGAGUUCUCCCGCACCAAGGACAGGCUGUGGCGCAAGACUCGCUCCAUCAACCCUGCCUUCCCAGAUUGUGUUGGUGUGGAUCCCAACAGGAACUUCGGGUAUAAAUGGGCCACGAAGGGGUCCUCUAACUAUCCCUGCAGCAGCAUCUACCACGGUCCCGAGCCCUUCUCCGAGCCUGAGACCAAAGCUAUGGCGGACUUCCUCCUCACUCAUAAGGACGAGCUAAAGGUGUACGUGACUAUCCACGCGUACUCCCAGAUGUGGAUGGCACCAUGGUCCUCCUCCCAUACGCUGGCUGCCAACAACAAAGACUUGAUAGAGGUGGGCCAGAAGGCGGUAGAGGCCAUCAAGAGUUACAACGCCACUGAGUACGCGCUUGGUACAGUCCCAGACCUGCUUUACUUGGCGUCAGGAUCUUCUAUGGACUUCGCUCACGGCACAGCAGGCAUCCCUUACUCUUACGCCCUUGAACUGAGAGACAGAGGCAACUACGGGUUCAUUCUGCCCAAGGAACAGAUUCACCCCACGGCGCAGGAGACUUUCUUGGGCAUCAGGGCCAUGACGGAGGCAAUCUUCCAUAAGCUGUACCCGGGCAAAAAGUUUGUAUGAAACACUUUAAACCAUCACCUCAUACACCCACCCACAAUUACCGUCCCUCCAAUCACUUCGUCAUAAUUUUGAUGAUAAAACUGUACACAUGAAAGAUUACAGUACCAAUAGCAACAAUGAUUUCAGUCCCUGUAAAAUUAUUUAUAAUUUUGUAUUAUCUUUUAGGGACAUUACCCUUUCUUUCACUACCUGUGUGAUUUGCUCCCCUUGUGUGUUUGGAAUGUAUGUAGGUAUGUAUACUUCAUUACUUACAUUAUUUAUUCAAUAUUUAUUCACUUCACUAUUUAUUUAACACACUGAUCAACAUAUUUAUGAACUACAAUAAUAAAGUUAUACAAAAUG